CCGAGAUUCUCAUCCAAAUCCUCUUUCUGUCUCUAGAACCUAAUGCCUGAAUACAGGUUUGGGAGAAAGGGCUCACUAAUCUCGGGCAAAACCGCACAACGGAGGGAGUUGUGUUGGGCACCUCACCAGCCUUGCUUGGUUAUUGUGCCCUGAGUGUUGGUGGAGAGCCCAGGAGGAGGGGAAGAGGAGAGGGUCUCUCCUUAAACCUACAGCCUUAUGAUCUGCCAAGCAAGCCAUGACUCUGAGCUCUGAAAUGUCCGAUGCCUCUGUCCUUGCUGAUGAAACCGACAUUGAUGUGGUAGGAGAGGGAGAGGAAGAGGAGCCCAGGGGGGGUUCUUAUGGGGAGGAAGAAGAGGAAGAAGAGGUGGUGGUGGCAGAUCUUCAUGAGGACAUCUUGAUGCCAAGGUCGCCACAAUGCUCCUCAACCAAAGAUCCUUAUAAGCCUGCCAGCAAGAACCCUCUGGUUAAGCCUCCAUACUCUUAUAUUGCCUUAAUUACCAUGGCCAUAUUGCAAAGCCCUAAAAAGCGCCUCACCCUGAGCGAGAUCUGCGAGUUUAUCAGCAAUCGCUUCCCCUAUUACAGGGAGAAGUUCCCAGCCUGGCAGAACUCCAUCAGGCAUAACCUCUCCCUCAAUGACUGCUUCGUCAAGAUCCCCAGGGAGCCAGGCAACCCUGGCAAGGGCAACUACUGGACGCUGGACCCGGAGUCUGCGGACAUGUUCGACAACGGUAGUUUUCUGAGAAGGAGGAAGCGCUUUAAACGUCAGCAAGCCCCGGAGCUGCUGAUCAGGGAUCCCGGUCACUUCCUCCCUGCCGCUGCAGCUGCCUACGGCUAUGGACCAUACAGCUGUGGAUAUGGCAUCCAGCUGCAGCCUUUCCACCAUCACUCUGCCUUGAUUGCCUUUCAGUCUCAGCAGCACCAAGCCAGACAGCCACCCGUGGCCCCUAGCAUGCCAGCACCCUCAAUCAUGCCACCUGCCACCGAUCUGCCAAGGACUUGUACAUUCUACCCACACCAGCUAAGCCCAGCACUCCCGUCUACACUGCAAGCCCCCAAGAGCAACUCAGCACUGACCAGGUCCACCUUUUCCAUAGAGAGUAUCAUAGGUGGGGAUAUCAACCCAGGACAAUGUAACUCUUCCAAAGCCUCUGGAGUGCCAGUUCUUUCCAGGGCCCUGGUCACUUUUUCUAGCUCUCCUACUUCAGUCUUAGGUGGUGGCCUGCAGCCUGGAGCAGUGCUUGCAAAUGGAGAACCUUUUACCACUAGGAUUUCUAAUUCUUAAUCAGAUCAGACAUUUACUGAGAAGGUAGGAUGUUUUCUAUGGGUUUUACAUAUUUGCCUUUUUAAUGAUUUUUAUCAAGAAAGGCUUUGGCUACAUUUUUUUGUAUGCCAAAUUAAUGUACUGUACUCUUAUUUAUACCAAGCCCAUGUUACCUGCAAAUGGAAAAAGCCUUCAGUGAAACUUUAAACCCUUCUUAAACACCAACCUCUCACAUAUCUAUGAGGUUUACUGAUUCUCAGGUCUGGGGAUUCGUAGGAGACAUGUAGCUACAAAAUCAAAAAGCGUUGUCCUUUAAUGCACACAUACCAAGUGCUCAUGUGACAUAUGAUUUACAUGUUUACAGAGACAUCUGACUUUUUCAUUUUUAACCUGUGUUUUUGUAUUAUAAUAGACGGGUGGGAACUUUUUUUUGUACUUAAGUGUUCUUAUUUACAUCAAAUAAUGUAAAAUUUACUGCCAAGUAUUAUUGUACCAAGCUAAUGUAAAUUUUUUCACAUUUGCAAAAAUAAAAAGUUUAAUUUAAAAAAAUAA